AUUGGCUCCGAGGAGCUGAUGACGGAGGGAGCGCACUGUCUUCUCCAGGAGCGCGCACUCACUCACUCACUCGCUCACACACACACCGGCUGCACCUCCGGUCAGUGUGGGAUGAUGUACUAAGUGCUCAACUUCUUCUUCCCCCCGCCUGUAAUUAUACAUUUGUGGUCAUUUUUGGAGCUGUUGGCUGCAGGAGCGCGCAGAUUGACACUCGCCGGAACACACGGGCAGCUCCGUGCAGCGCAGGCAGGUUUUCCGAGAGUCGCGAUCCAAGUGUUGGUGCACGAAGAGAGAGACGCGGACGCGGCUUCUCUCGCUGGGGAACCGGAGCACGGAGGAGAACGUCUGCACACCGAACUUGGGAUAUGGCGCGUGUGAGGACGCUCGAGCUUCUCGUUGGAGUUGUUGUAGUUUUGCAGUGUGUGAGGAACAUCCGAGCCGAGGUCUCAGACACUAACGGGGUUUCUUUCUCGUACCUGGAGACACAAGCGGGAGACGACGACGCACCAGUGGACGUGAAGCUGUACAGUCACCGGUGGAGGAGAUGGGUCCCCCCUAAACCUCGUAACAUGGACACUAACAGAGCGAGUCAGGAGCAGGACCAGGACCAGGAUCCUGAGCAGGAAGAGCCUGAGGGGUUCCCAGGUCUGGUCUCAGCAGAGGAGGGAGACAACAGCUCCCAGAUCGAGGAGGACACAGACCACAACUACUACACAUCAAAAACAUACGGGCCGUCAGACUCGAUGAGCAAGGACCUGUGGGUGAAUAUCGAGCACAUGGACAAGGGGAAAGUGAAGAUCCACGGCAUUCUGUCCAACACACACAGACAAGCGGCGAGAGUUAAUCUGUCCUUCGAUUUCCCGUUUUAUGGACAUUUCCUGCGCGAAAUCACCGUGGCAACUGGUGGUUUCAUCUACACGGGCGAUGUGGUCCAUCGGAUGCUAACGGCGACGCAGUACAUCGCCCCCCUCAUGGCCAACUUUGACCCGAGCGUCUCCAGAAACUCCACCGUCAUCUACUUUGACAACGGCACUGCUCUGGUGGUGCAGUGGGACCACGUUCAUCUACAGGACAACUACAACCUGGGAAGUUUCACCUUCCAGGCCACGCUGCACAACACGGGAAGAAUUGUGUUUGCAUACAAAGAGAUCCCGGUUGAGGUGGCGCAGAUCAGCUCUGUCAAUCACCCGGUGAAGGUGGGCCUGUCUGAUGCCUUUGUGGUGGUCCACAAGAUCCAACAGAUACCCAACGUGCGGAGGCGAACGAUCUACGAGUACCACCGCGUGGAGCUGACAAAGACGAAGAUCACCAAUUCCACAGCUGUGGAGAUUCUGCCUUUGCCCACGUGUCUCCAGUUCACCAGCUGCAGCUCCUGCAUCUCCUCCCAGAUCAACUUCAACUGUAGCUGGUGUCACCGCCUCAGCAGAUGCUCCAGUGGCUUUGACCGCCAUCGGCAAGACUGGGUGGACAACAGUUGCCCAGAUGAGACCAAGGACAAUACGUGCGACAUCAUUGACACGACGUACCUCUACCCCUUCACCACUGCUGUUGUCACCAAAACAACAUCCAGGAGCAAAGACACCACUGCAGAAGGGGACAGACUGUCCACCUCUCACACUCCCACCAGUGUCCCCACUGAAGAUGAUACAAAGAUCGCGCUGCAUCUCAGAGACAACCAGGUGAUGCCGGCCGACAGUGCUGUGGGCAGGAAGCCUGGUACACACCCUCUACACACCGGUCUGAUCCUCGGGAUCCUGCUGGUCACUCUGGUCAUGGUUGCUGGUGUGCUGGUCACCGUCUACAUCUACCACCAUCCCACGUCUGCUGCCAGCCUCUUCCUCAUCGAGAGACGUCCGAGCAAGUGGCCGGCCAUGAAGUUCCGCCGGGGCUCAGGUCACCCAGCCUACGCUGAAGUGGAGCCGGUGGGCCAGGAGAAGGAGGGCUUCAUCGAGUCUGAGCAGUGCUGAGGCAGGAGGGGAGCGUCUGCAUCCCUGCUGCCCCCCCCCCCACCCUCCUCUUCUGCCUCCUCCACCCGUGCCAGACCUCCUCUCUCCUGCUCCACAGGGGACUUUUUUUCUCCAGGAGCCUCCAGGAUCUGCAGGAGCGCCGUGUACUCCUAAUGACUCGUUGAGACUCUCGUACCAGCCCAUUGAGCGCUAGAUGAGAUCGGGGAAACAACAGCCGCCGUUACGGGGAAUUGAGAAAACCCUGAAAGCUGAUGCAAACGCAUUGUCCGGCAACCUUUUCAAGAAGGACUUGCCGUGGACGGAGGGAGGGAACAGCAAGCUGUCGUGUUGCCAUGGAGGGAUUGUACAGCCUGACUGCCUUGACUGCUACUGGUGUGUCUGCGAGGAGGAGGGAUGGAGGGGGAGGAGAGGGAUGGAGGGAGGGAGGGAGGGUGAACUACACCACAUAUAUAUUUUCAGAAACAAUACAGAGUAUGUGAACAGAGAUUUCCACUUAAUUGUUGGUGGGGUUAAACAGUAUAGGCCUUUGUAUAUCCAUCAGGUUUUUACGUCUUUCCUUUAAUUUUUCUUUCAUUAUGUUGUUUCGACGGGGUUUUUAGGCGCGUGUGUGUCUGAAUACACCAUCGGUAUUGCUUUUCGAUACGGUAGCAGGCUUAGCUGACUUUUCCCACAGCUCGCUGUUGCACACAGAGGCGGCCGCGGCAGUGUCCGUGUGAUACGACACGAGCUGAACUCCUGUCACUGCGAUCUCUCACGUCAGAGUAAAAGCUCUGAGCUUUGUGUGGAAUUACUUUGAUGUUUGGCUGGUUGAAUUUUACUGAAAAUGAAGUGUGAGGUGUUAUUUUUUGUUCACUGAGAAUAUGACAGGGUGUCCGCAGGUCCUUAAAAAGCCUUAUCAUUG